UGUCAGGUUAAAGAUGAUCAUAUCUUGAUGGGUGUGAUUUUUAUUUAUUUAUUUUAUUUUAUUUUUUUAAAACUCCAAAAUAUAAAGUCCUAUAUAAAAUGGCACUACCUCGUGCUGACGUGUCACCUUGGGCUUCAGGAGCUUUGAUUACUAUUUUGAAAUUUCCAACUCUGGAGGGGGGGGGGGGGGGAAAAGCUCAUUCCUCAUUUUUCUUAUAACCUAAAAGGAUUAAGAAGAGAUGCGAAAUUAGCAAUAUUUCCGCUCGACUGUAACAUUUAAUGCCUUUCUUUGAUUUUGAAUUGAUUGCACUAGGGCUGCAACUAACAAAUAUUUUAAUCCUCGAUUAAUGUGUUCUGAGGACCGAGGUUCGAAUCCCGCCCCACGUGCCUGCGUGGGCACGCCGAUUGCCUCCGAUAUCCCAAAUACACGCUAGGUUAAUUGAAGACUCUAAAUUGCCCGUAGGUGUGCAUGUGAGUGCGAAUGGUUAUUCGUUUAUAUGUGCCCUGCGAUUGGCUGGCGACCGGUACGGGGCGUACCCAGCCUCUCGCCCGAAGAUAGCUGGGACGGGCUCCGGCACGCCCGCGACCCGCAUGAGGAGAAGCGGUAAAGAAAAUGGAUGUAUGGAUUAAUCUGUUUAUCUUUUCGAUUAAUCGAUGAUAAAAAUAAAUUUGAAUUUCCGUGCCUUUAUCAAUAACAGGACAAUAGUACAAAUUGACAGUCCAGAAAAUGCACGUAAAUGAUUCCGUUCGUGGGUUGGUGGCGAUCAUUGUAAAAGAUGUUUGCAAAUGACAAUCAAGUCUGCUUUCAUGGAGGAUAUUUACCAUUGAGAUGCUCAAAUUUUCUAAACAAUCGAUUAUCAAAAUAGUUGUCAAUGAAUUUGAUCAUUGAUUAGGUGUGGAUUCAUCAAUUACUUGUUGCACUUCUAAACCCCCCCCCCCCCAAAAAAAAAGGGGGAAAAAACACCUGCUAAGUGGCUCAUCAAUGUCCAACAAGGGUCAAAGUUCAAAGCGGCUUCUUCCAUUUUGGUUAUUUAUGUUCAUGUUGUUAUUAAUAGCAAACGUGUCAUUGCGCUCCUCGAAAGUGCUCGACAAACAUCGUACAUCAUCCUCAUAGCGGCCGAAUAUUCGUUGACGACAAUUCCGCUGGACGUGUUCGAGUUCUCCGGAUCGUUGCCGCCUCGUAAAUGUCGGCGUCCGAACAACGAGCCGUAGAUUUUAUUUUUACUUUUCAAGAUUAUCUGUCAAUGUUCCGCGUGGGGCGUCAGGUUAUGCCGCCACCAGGCUUCUGGACGACAUGUGCCAUCUGACCGCUCAGUCGCUGAACAGGUUGGAGACGUCGGAGCACUUCCAGGUGGUCAAGAUGUUAGGCGAAGGCUCGUACGGGAAGGUCAUGUUGGCCGUGCACAACAAGAGCGGAAGCCCGAUGGCCCUGAAGUUCUUCCCUCGCGUGACAACGUGCCUCUGCUCGUUCCUGCGCGAGUACAACGUGUCUUUGAGGUUCUGCACGCACCCGUCUCUGAGUCGCGCUCUGGGCAUCGCCUACCUGACGCCGUCGCACUACGUGUUCGCGCAGCAGGCCGGCCUCUUCGGCGAUCUGUACGACUUCAUCGUACCCGAGGUGGGCGUGGAGGAGGACCAGUGCCAGCGGGUGGUGUCCCAGCUGUGCGGCGCCCUGUCCCACCUACACUCGCUGGGCUUCGUCCACAGAGACGUCAAACCCGAGAACGUCUUCCUGUGCGACGCCGCCUGCCGAUGGGUCAAGCUGGGAGACUUCGGCAUGGUGAAGGCCCGAGGAACCAAGGUCCCGGAGGUGUGGUACCGCUCCCCCUACUGUACCCCCGAAGCCGAGGUGGCGCGAGGCACCGAGGACAGCGGCGGCGAUCAGAAUGACGCAAAAGAGCGAGCGAAGCCAGGAAACGAGAAGAAGCGACAUCCGCGAGUUUGGGCCUCCGUGGAGCCCAGUGUCGACAGCUGGGCCCUGGGGGUCCUGACCUAUGCCAUGCUGACGGGCGCCCACCCGUGGUCCCACACGUCCUCUGACUGCGGCGCCUACCUCAAGUAUCUCCAGUGGUUCCGCACGGCCAAAAGCCUGGAGGACGAACUGGACGUGUGGGCAGAACCGCAGCGCCAGGGCCCCGACGGCUCCCCAGCGGAGUUCGGUGGGAAGGGGCAGCCCCCCGUGGCUCCCCAGUUUGCCCGCUUCACCCCGCUGGCCCGCGCCUUCUUCCGCCUGCUGAUCAACCCUGGCCCGCAGGACCGAGGGCGGCCCGAGGACGCGCUGGGGUACCUGGGGGGCGCCUGGGUGCCGGCCGGGGAAAGAGAACAACUGGAGAAGCAAAGGAAGAAGAGCCGAGGAAGAGGAGCUGUGAACAAGGUGAAGGAGAAGGAGGGCCGAGGACAGCGGUGAACAAGGGCCUCAUGUGUUGCCUAUGUUAGCUUUAACAUUAGCAUUAGCACUAACAAGAGGAAGAACCAGGGAGGUGGCGAGCGAGGGACUCAGACGUUGUUUACAUUAGCUUUACUAUUAGCAAUAGCUUUAGUGCUAUGUUACGUUAGCUUCAGCAUUACAUUUAGCAAUAGCGCUUACAAGAGGAAGAGGAGCCAUGAACAAAGUGAAGGAGAUGGAGGGCGGAGGCCGCGGAUGAACCUGUGCUUUAUUUUAGCAUUACCUUUGGCAUUAGAUUUAGCAUUAGUGCUAAAAACAGACGAUGCAUUAAAAUCACUGACAGAGUAUUGACCUCCGACAAGACUUUCGUAUUCGUUCAUGCAACAUUUUAGUCACUGACAAAUGUGGAUCAGAUCUGGCUCAAAUCUGGUUUGAAACUACUCGUAUACCUACUCCUAAUACAGAGAAGAACCCUAGCGGGAUGAAAAAACAGGACUGAAGUUGCACUCAAGUAAACCGAGUUUCCUUGGGGGAGGUCACAGCUGAGGUUCUGCAGAGAGGUUCUCUCGGUUCUGCUGUGUUGAGCUGAUGAACGAACUGCGUCUAUAUUUACCUCGCGACCUUUCAGCGCUUCAUUCUUGGCUGCCGAGCGCAUCCACUCGACUUUGUUUAUCCGUAAACGCGUCGGACAGUUUCUUGACGUCCUGACAAGAACCAGAGAUGCCUGUGAUACCGUUUAGCAUUUAGCGUUUAGCACCCACCCACACACACAGUGGGCACCAACUCAAUUCAAAGUUCCAAAAUAGACAUGAGCUCAUAAACUUGACACGUGGGCUUUCAUCACCGGAUUUGAACACUCGCCGUGUUCUGACCCACUUCGCCAAAUCCUCUGAACCCCCCCCGAUCCUCUCCUCCCGCUUCGGAUCAUCUCACUUUGGAAAAGUGUGGGUGUUGAACUGUUUCACUGGGGAAAAUGUGGGUGUGAAACUCUUUUACUGUAGAAAGUGUGGGUGUUGAAACGUUUUACUGGGAAAAGUGUGGGUGUGAAACUGUUGUACUGGGAAAAAUUGUGGGUUUUAAACCCUUUAACAAGGAUAAGUGAGGGUGUUGAACCAUUUCACUGGGAAAAGUGUGGGUAUCGAACUCAUUCACUGAAACAAAGGGUGUUUCACCAUAAAAUGUGUGCGUGUGGGACCGUUUUAUUGGGUAAAGUGUCGGUGUUGCGCCAUUCGACCAGGAAAUGUGCGGGUGUUGAAACCUGUCACCAGUAAAAAUGUGGGUUUCAAACAUUUUAGUGGGAAGUGUGGGUUUUGAACUAUGUCAUGCACACCCACAUAGAGACAUCGGGAAAAGUGUGGGUGUAAAAUGUCCAGCGGGGAAAGUGUGGGUGCUGUGCGGGUGUUGAAACCUGUCACCAGUAAAAAUGUGGGCUUCAAACAUUUUAGUGGGAAGUGUGGGUUUUGAACUCUGUCAUGCACACCCACAUAGAGACAUCGGGAAAGGUGUGGGUGUGAAAUGUCCAGCGGGGAAAGUGUGGGUGUGCAUGCUUUUUCCUGAUGAAAACAAAUGUAAAGUCACAUUUUGAAAUGAAUUGUGCCUAUUUGUGAGCUCACUGACGUCGAUCGCCGUCUAGUUCUUCCACACCACGCAUCUGAGCACCCAAGGGCAACGACUCGCACCCGCAUGCAAUUUAUGAGGGUGUAAACACGCUGACCUCCGAGCAAGACGGCAGCUUCUUCCACUUGCAGAGAAUCCCGUUGCGGUGAACCUAGCAGGCUGGCGAGCCGAACGUCGUCAAUCCUCAGGCUGCUUAGUGGAUGACAGCUCGAAAUGCAGGGAAAGGGAUCCCUGCCGAAACCCGAGAGCUGCACUGUUGCAUGCUGGGAGACGGUCAGACUCCUGGCCAGCGUUCCCACUCCCACUCAAACCAGUGGACACCUCAAAAUAAUAAUAAUAAUUUAAAAGAAAACGUUGAAUUCAAAAGAUAUAUCCAAUGGAAAUAUUUCAGUUGCCGUGUUUGUCCCUUUUUCAACCGUAUUUUCGUUCCUGCCUUUCCACCGAUGUACUUUCCAGUCGACAGGGGGCGCUAAUGCUCGUCAACCCUGGUUGCCCAACCGCCAAUUGCUUCAACUCAAAAACACGAACAAGAAUAAAAUCCUCUUCGGAUGCAGUGAGUAGCUGUGAAUUUUCUCUCAUUUUCCACGUUUCCGCCGCGGUUUGCCGGUGCCCGACGACUAGGACGUGAUCACCUUAGCUAAAUGUUGGUUAGCAACGUGUCUGUUGUUGUCUUGUGGACUAAAAACUAUAUAUUUUUUGACAUGAUUGUCCAGCAAUCAGCGCUCGGUCGCCGCCAUGUUGACUCCUGUCUCUGUCCGAGGUCCUGUAAAUCAAAACAUCUAAUCAUUAAAAACAUGACAUUCACACGCUUUUA